UCUCUCUCUCUCUCUCUCUCUCUCUCUCUCUCUCUCUCUCUCUCUCUCUCUCUCUCCAUUGCUGCUACUUGUUCAUUCCUUGUCCUCAGAUUUCGUCUCUGGUGUCCCAAGGAAACAAAUCGUCCGAAUGAUGAAAAAUCAAGCAAGAACAUUAUAUCUACCAAUCAUUUUCUUCUUUUCUUUGCUUCACACCACAAGUUGCUCCUUAUCUCCUUCACAGUGAGAACUCUAGAGAACACAAGCAAUGGCGAAUUCCAACGUAGGGACGAAAACCGCAACAGUGAAAGCAGAGACAAGCAUGUACAGACAACACGCUGUUACAGACAGCUUUCAUCAGUUUGGUUUACCAAUCGUUAAGUCAUCUUCACUUGUGGAGGAUCUGCACAAGUCAAGGAGGAUACUUGAUGGUUACAUUGAGAGUAAAAGAGAUUCAGAGUCUGCAAGAGAAAGAGCUGAAGCGGAACAUUCCAAUGCACUGGAGUUGGUAAAGGAGCUCACAUUGCUGAUAGAGAGGUCGAACAGGUGUAAAGAGUUUCAUAAAAAGGAAACGGGAGCUUUAAAGAUAGAUAUAAAGGUUGAGGAAAAUGAUGAUUACUCUGAAGUUAUGAAAGAUUUGGAGGCUGCGAAGGAAGAAGUGAGUAGGCUAAAGCUUGAUGUAGAUUCUGUUUUGGGAGAGAAGGUUGCACUAGAGAAGGAAGUUGUGAAAAUAGGGUUUAAUAUGGAAGAGAAGUUGAGAUUGUUGGAGAGUCUUAAGAAGGAGAUAGAGGUUGCUAAUGAGGAACAUUUUUUAGUUGAGUUAGGAAAGAUCGAUGCAUCGAUAGAACGUAAGGAGAUAGAAAGGCUGAGAGAAGGAGAAGGAGAAGAGGUUUUGGAUUUCUUGGUGGAAAAGAAUAAGAAAAUCAAGAAAAUGUUGGAAGAGGCAGAUAGAUCAAAGGGUAUUGAGGUUGAGUUGUUUGAGACGACUUCGGAUGUUGAAAUGUUACAGACACAGCUAAAUAUUUUCAAGAAAAUGGAGAGGAGAGACAACCGUUCUUUUGAAAGAGGAAAAUGCACUUUGACGGUUUUGAAAGAAGUAACAGAAGAGACUGAAGCGAAAAAGGAGGCACUUGCUUCUCUUAACGCAGAACUCUUCAAGCUCAUGAUGGUAAUGGAUGAGUUGAGAAAGCAAAUCAACCAAGCCAAAGAAGAAACAGGUCAGCUCAACAAAAUAUUACGGAAAAAUGAUGUUAAGAUUCAGAAACUCAAUGCAAAGAUGAUUAUGUCAAAAUCUAAACUGGAAAUAGCAUUGUCGGCCAAAGAAAGAGUUACCUCUCUUGUCGACAGUCUAGCUGGUUCACUUGAGAAGUUAAAGAAGAACAAAGAAGCUGCAAAGCAAGAAGAGUGUCUUCUGAUAGCACAGAAGACGGUUACAGAGAUGGAAACACAAAAGACCAAACUCGAAAUAGACGAAAAGGAAAGAGAACUGAAUUCAAAUCUGGAUGAGCUUGAGAAAGCAAAACAAGCGGAGGCUUUAGUACUUGAGAAGCUCGAGUCCCUCAUUGAGGACAAAAUGGAGAGGCGCGAAACAGAGUCCAAGAAUUAUUCGACCAUCACUAUCUCGAGAUUUGAGUAUGAUUAUUUGAGUAGACAUGCUUCUCUAGCAGAAGAAACUGCAGAGAAGAAAGUUGCAGCAGCUGAGGCGUGGGUUGAAGCACUCAGGGCUAGCACUAAAGCGGUAUUGAUGAAGACGGGAACUUUGAUGAGAGAGAGUGGAAUGAUGAGAGUGGAAGAAGAGAGAGAAGUGUUUAGGACAGAAAGGACGAAGAGACUGGCUGAGGACGAGACCCAUAAGUUUAAGCGGAUCCCGGAAGCAGAAGCUGAAAGCUAUCUUUCUCCUAAACUGGUUAGAAAAUCAACACCGGUGCAACGAGGGAAGUCAAGAAGAUACUCAUCUGCUGGGACUCCGACUUUCUUUGUAAUCAAGAAGAAGAAAGUUCCGAAACUAGUCAAGAUUUUUAGUCGGAAAAGGUAAAAAAGUUGAAGAAAUACCAUGUUGUUGUUCAUUGUUGUGCAUGAUCAUAUCUUCACAUCUCAUCACAUAUUCGUGAUAGUAAGUUUUGUUAUUCAAUUUCUGCAUGGUCAUAUCUUCACAUCUCAUCCCAUAUUUUCGAAAUGAUUCAUAUUCUUAUUCAUUGUUAUGCAUGGUCGUCAUAUCAGUAUGACAUUCUAAUGGUUUGAGUUUUUCUUUCCUGAAAAACAGUAUUAUAAAUAUCUACCACUUCGAUUUACA